CCAUUUUCGAAAGCGGAAGUCGUCGUUAGGCGCGGGCAAUCAGGCAGCCGGCUUCGGCCUCCACUCGACUCUCGUAUCGCGAUCAGACGAACCGCGACUUCUUCUUUUAGAGCUUAAGCCGUGCAGCCAUUCACCGGCAGCGAUUCGCCGAGACGUUCGCCACUUGACCCAGAUUAGUUACUCUGAACACGACUCGAGUUCUGUAUCGCUGCUUUGUUAUACGUGGAUUUACAAAUAAUCGACUCCUUAUCGCAUUCCUGACUCCAGGCUUCGAUGAGGAAUCGAUUUUUUCUCGGCAUUGAAUUGCGGUCCGAUUCUGGUCGACCGCUGAUCCAGACUCCGCUGCUUCUUGUAAUCAACCGAACAGUUACCGACACCGCGGAAAUUGUUUUGUAACAAAAAAAUCCCGGAACAGUGUUCAGAAUCGAGCGGCUGAGAUCUAAUUCAUUUCCAGCUUUUUUUUUAUCUGUUUGUAUAUUACAAGAUGAAAUUGAUUUCAAAAACCUGCGGCUUUAUCUGCAAAAAUUAUCGCAGAAUUAUUCUGUGAUUUUCCAAGCACAACUUUGAGGCAAGAUCAUCCCAAUGAUCUUAAUAUGCUCAUCGAGUUGAUAUUGAUGGUAUUCUUGCCAUCGGGAAUUUUCGGAUUCGGAAAAACGGUUAUAGUAGGUGGAUUAUUCGAGGAGGAUGAUUUGACGGCAACUGCGUUUAGGUUGUCCAGCCGAGUGUUGAACGAUGAAAGGCACGGAAAUCCCGAGCUGCCAAACCAGUUUGUCGAGGCGCAGAUAAUCACCGUUAAUAAUGAUCCUUAUGACGUGUCACAAUCCGUCUGUGCCUUGGCCAAUACGGGGGUUGCAGCGAUUUUCGGUCCAAGUAAUAAAGUUACCGCCAGACACGUGCAGAGCAUGUGUGACACGAUGGAGAUUCCUCACAUUGAAGCGAGGUGGGAUUCUCGACAGAUACGGGGAAACGGACUGCUCAACAUGUAUCCGUAUUCGUAUACUUUGUCCAAGAUAUACCUGCAGCUUGCUGAGGAUUUUGAGUGGAAGACAUUUACGAUACUCUACGAAAGCACCGAGAACCUGAUUCGGAUGCACGAUCUUCUGAAGAGAUGGGAUCGCCGGGGAUACACAGUGACUGUAAGGCAGCUGCCCGAAGGACCGAAUUACAGGCAAGUUCUGAGAGAGGUCAAAAUGUCUGGAGACCCAAACAUAGUAUUGGAUUGCUCAAUAGACAUACUGUCAGAAGUUUUGAAGCAGGCUCAACAAGUUGGCUUGAUGUCGGACAAGCACAGCUUCAUAAUCGCGUCGUUGGACUUGUCCACCAUCAACCUCGAGCCCUACCAACAUGGUGGAACAAAUUUGACGGGAUUACGUUUGAUAGAUCCCGACGAUCCCGUGGUCAUCGACACCUUUGAGAAACACGCAUCGGAAUGGGGUGUGGAAAGUCCAUCUCAGCUUACCGCAGAGGCGGCCCUAAUUUACGACAGUGUCCAAGUUUUUGGAAGAGCCCUGAAACAGCUUGACGAUGCCAUUGUGGCUGACACGAAAACUUCCCUGUGUCAAAACGUCGAUAGCUGGGAGCACGGAUCCAGCUUGAUGAACAUCAUGAGAUCGAUCGAGUCGACAGGAAUGACUGGGCUGAUAAAGUUCGACUCGUCCGGCUACCGGAGCAACUUCAAACUGGACUUGGUACGCCUGGACCUGGACGGACUGCAUAAGAUCGGGACGUGGAACAAGACGCAAGGGAUCAGUUACAUCCCGAAACAACCACUAUUCGAUCCGACGGCCGAGCUCAGUCUUCGUAACAAGACGUUCCUUGUCCUCAUAGCCAUAACCCCGCCCUACGGAAUGCUGAAGGAAUCAGCGAGGGAGGAAAUCGGAAAUGAGAGGUUCGAGGGUUUUGGGAUCGACAUAAUUCACGAGCUUUCUAAAAUUCUGGGCUUCAAAUACAUCUUUGAGGUCCAAACCGACAACGUUUAUGGUUCGAAGAAUUCUCAAACUGGAGAAUGGAAUGGCAUGAUAAAGAAGAUCAUGGAAGACAAAGCGGACUUGGCUAUCACUGAUCUCACAAUCACGGCCGAUCGUCAAGAAGCCGUAGACUUCACGAUGCCUUUCAUGAACUUGGGGAUCAGCAUUCUAUUCAGGAAACCAACGCCCAUGGGAUCCAGCCUCUUUUCUUUCUUGAUGCCAUUCUCGAAGGAAGUUUGGAUGUACCUGCUGGGCACGUACCUUGUCGUCUCCCUGCUUUUCUUCGUCGCCGGUCGCUUGUGUCCGGCUGAAUGGAACAAUCCCUAUCCCUGCAUCGAGGAACCCGAGGAACUGGAGAACCAGUUCAGUCUGAAGAACGCCUUCUGGUUCACCAUCGGUGCCAUCAUGCAGCAAGGGUCAGAAAUCGCUCCAAUAGGCAUGUCGACUCGUAUGAUGGCCGGUUCCUGGUGGUUCUUCACGCUGAUUAUAGUCUCCUCUUACACUGCUAAUUUGGCGGUAUUUUUGGUCGUUGAAUCGAAGCAAACCCUUAUCAAGAACGCCGGUGAUUUGCUCAACAAUUCACAUAGUAUCAAAUACGGAGCAAAAGUGAGUGGCUCUACCACAGAUUUCUUUAAGGCCACGACAGAUCCGAUUUACUCCGCAUUGAACGAUUACAUGCAAAAAAAUAAGAAAGAAGUAAUGCCAAGCACGAAUGAUGCGGGUGUGCAGAAAGUUAUGCAUGAAAAGUACGCCUUCUUCAUGGAAUCGUCAACGAUUCUUUACGAAGCGGAAAGGAAGUGCAAUAUCACCCAGAUCAACGGUUUACUUGACGCAAAAGGCUACGGUAUUGCAAUGAAGAAAAAUUCACCGUACAGAAAUUCCCUCAGCACUGGCAUAUUGAAACUCCAGGAAACGGGGGUCCUUAAGGAAUUGGAGAAUAAAUGGUGGAAGCAGAAAAGAGGGGGCGGCGCGUGCGAAGAAAAGAGCGGAGGAACCUCAGAUGCCGAACCUUUGGGUGUGGCUAACGUUGGAGGCGUUUUCCUCGUUCUGGCAGUCGGCGUGGCUUUGUCCUGCAUCUACACAGCUUGCGAACUGCUUUGGGCAGUGGGUUGCACAUCGAUAAAAGAGAAUGUUUCCUUUGUCGAUGAGAUCAAGGAGGAGCUGAAGUUCGUCGUGAAGUGCAGCGCCACGACUAAGCCGGUAAGACGAAGAAAGGCUAGCUCGCAUUCUAAUCAGAGCAACGGAGAAGACAGCAAUGGAGCCAGCACUCCGCCUUACGGCUUUGUACCCACGGUCAUCACUACUUCACCAGAAGAAAAGUAGCCACAUGUUUGGUGAUAAUGCAAGCGGGUACUAGGCAGAUGAACUGCGGGAUUACCAUGAAUCCACUUGGAAAAUCAAAACCGAUCUAUGAUCGUACGAUGACGCGGUAGAUGUUGACCUUUGUAUUUAAGAAUAGAAUGGGUAGACCUUUGGAAGAAAGAAAUUUACCAUUCAAAUGUUGGAAAAAAUCGACUGAAGAUUGGAAGAAUGAAUUUCAAAGAAAAUUAUUAGAUCGUUGAUAAUUUUAGAGAAAUUGUAUCACAGUUAAUUUGUAUUUUUUUUUUUUUUCUUGUUAACAACAUCAAUAGCCUACCAUCCGUACUACUUCGAGGAAUCAUUGCUCGUUUUUUUGUCGAUAAAUUAUAUGAUGCUCCAGAGAAGAAUAUCGAAACGUUAUUAGUAAAAUUCAUUUAGUAAUUAAGAACCAUCUAAUUCGCGAACGAAAUGAGCCUUGAUCAUUUAAUCUUUGAUAUACGAUACGAUCUUAGUAGUUCGAAGAAAAAGAAACGAAAAAUAAUUUUGGCCUUUUCAAUACUUGUCAAGAAAUGAAAUUUCUUUCAACCAACUUAAAGCACAUCAAUUUUCCGUCAGUUGAUGAACCCUAAUUUUGUAAUUUCUUUUGUCACACCAAUUUUUUUAUCAAAAUAUCAUACCACAGCUAUUUACUGUUCAAUAGUCCCAAAUAAACAUUGAAUACAUCGAUAUAUAAUAAUUAACGACGAUAUGAGGUAAUAUGUAUACAGACAGUCCACUAUAACGAGAGUUGGUUUCAAUGUUCCGGAAGAUAUGUAUAAAAGGAGUUUCAUAGGUCUCUUUGGUACAAUUCAUGCAUGCACGUUUGUUGGAAUAAAAUUGUCAAUUACAGUUUCU